AGGCUCGUUCAGGAUUCUUUUAGCUGAAUGGCUCGGUUGGUUCUACCAUGCAAGAGCGUGGGAUUGGCAAGGAAUAACCUCUUGGGUUUGAUUUCAUCUGCUCCUGCUCGAGCUGCACAUCAGCGUGUUAAUUCAUUUGGAAUUUCAGUCAAACGUAGCACUAGACAGAGGCCCUUAUUCACUUCACAGGUGAAAUCUGGACUGAAUUAUCGGUUUCCAUAUCAUUUGCCGUUUGGGGCUAAACAAGCUAGUAGGAAGCUGAUUUGUUCAGUUGCAACAGAAGCAUUGCAAGAAAAAGCUGAAGAGAACAAAAUGGGUGCACCUAAAGAAAUAUUUUUGAAAGAUUACAAAAUGCCUGAUUACUAUUUUGACACGGUCGAUUUGAAAUUUUUGUUGGGUGAGGAGAAAACAAUUGUCAAUUCAAGAAUAACGGUGUUCCCUAGAGUUGAAGGGUCCAAAGCUCCUCUGGUUUUGAAUGGUGAGGAUGCGAAGUUGAUUUCAAUUAAGAUUAAUAGUGAGGACCUGAAGGAGGGUGAUUACCAUCUGGACUCCCGCCAAUUGACAAUUGUAUCACCGCCGGCUGGAGCUUUUACUUUGGAAAUUACCAAUGAGAUACAGCCUCAGAAAAACACAUCUUUGGAGGGACUCUAUAAAUCAUCUGGAAAUUUCUGCACACAAUGUGAAGCUGAAGGUUUCCGGAAGAUCACAUAUUACCAGGAUCGUCCAGAUAUAAUGGCAAAGUACACAUGUCGCAUAGAAGCCGAUAAGUCAUUGUACCCAGUGCUGCUCUCUAAUGGAAAUCUUAUAGACCAGGGUGAUUUAGAGGGUGGAAAACAUUAUGCCCUUUGGGAGGAUCCCUUUAAGAAACCCUGCUACUUGUUUGCUUUAGUAGCUGGCAAGUUGGUAAGCAGAGAUGAUAUUUUUAUUACUCGUUCGGGUAGGAAAGUCUCCUUGAAGAUAUGGACUCCAGCCGAAGACUUCCCCAAGACUGAGCAUGCCAUGUAUUCCUUGAAGGCAGCUAUGAAAUGGGAUGAAGAUGUUUUUGGAUUAGAAUAUGAUCUGGAUCUCUUCAAUAUUGUGGCUGUUCCAGAUUUCAACAUGGGAGCCAUGGAAAACAAGAGUCUGAAUAUUUUCAAUUCAAAACUUGUCUUGGCAUCUCCGUUAACUGCUUCUGAUUCAGAUUAUGCUGCCAUAUUAGGAGUGAUUGGUCAUGAGUAUUUCCACAACUGGACUGGCAACAGGGUGACAUGUCGUGAUUGGUUCCAGCUGAGCCUGAAGGAAGGCCUUACUGUUUUCCGUGAUCAGGAAUUUUCAUCUGACAUGGGAAGUCGUGCUGUGAAAAGAAUUGCCGAUGUUUCAAGACUUAGAAACUAUCAGUUUCCUCAGGAUGCUGGUCCCAUGGCUCAUCCAGUUCGACCACAUUCCUAUAUCAAGAUGGAUAAUUUUUACACAGGAAAGUGUUAUUCUCUAUGGGUUUGCACAAAAUUCCAGCUAUUUGUUUGUUCUUUCCUUUCCAUUUUUUGUUUCUUUUCUUCAAUUUUUACUGAUAGGAAUUUCUUUUUGAACCUUGGGUUUUCAAUGCUUCUUCUAUCAAGUUAUGAUCUGACAAGGGUCCUGUACCAACUUGAACAUGCAGUGACGGUCUAUGAGAAGGGUGCUGAAGUCGUGAGGAUGUACAAGACCUUAUUGGGAAGUCAAGGAUUUAGAAAAGGCAUGGAUCUUUACUUUAAGAGACAUGAUGGUCAGGCUGUUACCUGUGAAGAUUUCUUCGCCGCAAUGCGAGAUGCAAAUCAUGCUGAUUUUGCUAACUUCUUAUUAUGGUACUCUCAAGCUGGGACCCCUCAAGUCAAAGUUAAAUCAUCUUACAAUUCCGAUAGUCAAACAUAUACUUUAAAGUUCUGGCAAGAUGUUCCGCCAACUCCUGGGCAGCCAAUUAAAGAGCCAAUGUUUAUACCUGUUGAUCUUGGUUUGCUAGGCUCGUCUGGUCGUGAUUUGCCUCUUUCCUCCGUAUAUAAUGAUGGGGUAUUGCGGUCUAUAUCUGGAGAUAAUCAGCCAGUCUUCUCCACAGUCCUCAGGCUGACUAAGAAAGAAGAAGAGUUUGUCUUCUCGGAUAUACCUGAGCGGCCAGUUCCAUCUUUGUUUAGGGGCUACAGUGCUCCUGUCCGAGUGGAAACAGAUCUAUGUGACGAUGAUCUAUUUUUCCUCCUUGCCAAUGAUUCAGAUGAGUUCAACCGUUGGGAGGCUGGACAAGUGUUGGCACGAAAAUUGAUGCUCCAACUGGUGGCUGAUCACCAGCAAAAUAAGCCAUUGGUUCUCAACUCAAAGUUCAUUCAGGGUUUGAACUCCAUACUUUGUGACGCGAGCUUGGAUAAAGAAUUCAUUGCCAAAGCAAUAACUCUUCCUGGCGAAGGGGAAAUAAUGGACAUGAUGGAGGUUGCAGAUCCUGAUGCUGUUCAUGCUGUUCGAACUUUCAUUAGGAAGGAACUGGCCAAUGCAUUGAAAGCAGAGCUUCUUGCUACAGUAGAAGAGAAUAGGAGUUCAGAAGCAUAUGAAUUUAACCAUCCUGAAAUGGCUAGGCGUGCUUUGAAGAAUAUUGCUCUAGCAUAUCUUGCAGUAACUGAGGAUGCUGAGAUUGCCAGUCUUGUGCUUCAUGAGUAUAAGAAUGCCUCGAAUAUGACUGAGCAAUUUGCAGCUUUGGCGGCUAUAGCUCAGAAGCCAGGUGAAACUCGUGAUGAGAUUCUUGCUGACUUCUAUGACAAGUGGCAGCAUGACUAUUUGGUUGUCAAUAAAUGGUUUGCUCUUCAAGCCAUGUCAGACAUUCCUGGUAAUGUCGAGAAUGUUCGGAACCUCCUAAAUCACAAAGCCUUUGACUUGCGAAAUCCAAACAAGGUAUAUUCUUUGAUUGGAGGCUUCUGCGGAUCAAUCGUCAACUUUCAUGCAAAGGACGGAUCAGGCUACAAUUUCUUGGGAGACAUUGUCAUGCAACUAGACAAAAUUAAUCCCCAGGUUGCCUCUCGAAUGGUCUCUGCCUUCUCGAGAUGGAGGCGUUACGACGAACAGCGACAAAAACUUGCUAAGGCACAACUGGAGAGGAUAAUGUCUGCCAAUGGACUGUCCGAAAAUGUGUUUGAAAUUGCAUCAAAAAGCUUAGCAGCUUGAAAAUAUGUAUCAUUGAUCUAAUAGGAUAGAUGGGUUCAUAAUAAUAAUAUUCUUCUCACCCUCACUUCAGCCUCAAUUUAGAAAACAAAUGCUUGUUGAAUUUCAAGUGCUUUUGUUGUGGUGGAUUUUAUAUUUGAAGGCAUCUAUAAACUUUUCUUUAUUUUUCA